UUUGUUACGCAGUCACGCACACGUUUCGCCGGUUUGUCUAGACCGUCCGGGCAGACCUGGCGCCUAGCUGGGCACAUCUGCCAAACGCACCAUUGAGAAAUGCACGGUGGUCAUCAUCAUCACACGCGCCUUGCAAGGCAGCGUGUGUGAGUUUUUUCUGUGGUAUGAUUGCGCAUCAUUCGUGACGCACAAACACCUUCCGUGAAAUGCCUACGUUACGUGCUGCAUGGCCAAGCAGGCGUCGUGAGUUGCCCGAAAUUGUAGUCGAAGGGACGCAGUAUCACUGCCAUUAAGCAGAAAUUUUGCCAUCCAGUGGCUUGACGACGUCGAGAAAUGAGCGCGUAGGCACAGCCACACACAACCAAGUGAUGCGCUUCGUCACCACGGACAAAUCGCUGCAGUUUGAAUGACCUUCAAGCUGGAACACCCUUGUGCCAUGGCUCCACCGAAGAUGCGCCUUUUGAAGCUAAUUGCUGUUGUCAUUGUGAUAGCAUUCCUUAUACUUUACUGGCAGAGCACCAAGACAGUUGACAGGACACCUGUUGAAGCAGUGCAGUGGGUGGCUGAUGUGCUUACUAAUCCACCAUCCACAUUGGCUUCAACUCAUAGAAGCUUUCAAGAGAGCCUACGAUUGCCACCAAUCCAGUUUGAUGAGCGCAUAGUGCAUUUUGACCUAAAAGGUGCACCACCUAAGCUUGAAUACUAUGAUGCAGUGUUUCCCCUGCUGCGCAAGCUCGGUGCCACUGGACUUCUAAUGGAGUACGAAGACAUGUUUCCUUACACAGGCAUGCUCAGCUCUCUUGCGGCUAGUAAUGCCUACAGCGAAGCCGACAUAGCCCAUAUCUUGUCUGUUGCUCGUGCCAAUCAUCUGCAGGUGAUUCCACUGGUGCAAACAUUUGGCCACCUUGAGUUUGCACUAAAGUUGCAAGAAUUUUCAGACCUUCGAGAAGUGAGCCAUAGUCCUCAAGCACUAUGUCCCUCACUGAAUGAAUCUUUUGCCCUAGUAAAAGCUAUGCUUGACCAAGUCCUCCAUUUGCAUCCUAAUUCUCAGUAUUUGCAUAUUGGUUGUGAUGAGGUUUACUCAUUAGGUCAGUGCAGUCGCUGUGAGAGGCACAUGAAUGUGGCAAACAUCACAAAAGAUAGGCUUUUCUUGGAGCAUGUAGAGAAGGUUGUAGCUCAUGUGACUCAACAUGGGGUUCGUCCUAUUAUGUGGGAUGACAUGCUGCGAAGCAUUGAUGCUGAUGAGGUACAGCAGUGGGGUGCUGCUAACCCAGUAGACCUCAUGGUCUGGCAGUACUCUCGUAAUAUAUCUAAAUAUAUUGAAGACCAGCACUGGCUGAAGUAUGGCCGUUACCAAGGGAUCUGGAUAGCAAGUGCUUUUAAGGGCGCUACAGGUCCAAAGCAGUUGCUUCCAGACAUCAAAUACCAUUUACAAAACCAUCAUUCUUGGAUGGAAACACUUAAUAACCACCGGGAACUGCUAAAUGUGCGGGGUAUUGCGCUGACAGGGUGGCAGCGGUAUGACCACUUUGCUACACUUUGUGAGCUUUUUCCAGCAAGCAUGCCAUCUUUGGCGACAAACUUAAUCUACUUGCAGCAUGGGUGUAUUGACGAAAUGCAGCUGUCUCAAAUUAAGGAACACUUGCAGUGCAAUAGGCAGCUGCCUAUUUUUGAUAAUAGCGAAAACACCCACUUGCUCUUUUGUCAGUUCCCGGGUGCAAAGGUGCUUACAGGAAUCCAGCAGCUGGUGACAUUGUACAACCAAAAGAAAGUGAUGGAAAAAAACAGUCAUUAUGUUGGAUGGCUAGAUAGUUAUAAUGUCCGGCUGUCAUUUGUUAGUCCUGAUCACAUUCUUGAAGCAACCAAAAACCUCACUGAGCUACUGAGCACAUCUAAGCAUCUGCACAAGUUCUUGGGCGAUGCACUGUCGCAAGUGUAUGAUGUGCAUACUGUGGUAGAGUGGAUAGGUACGUUCCUUGAUCCUUUGCAUGCUGAGCUCACGCUGCUUGAGCAGCGAAUCCAGCGGCUGCUUAAUUAUAGUAUAUGGCCUAGAAGAGCAUUACAACAGACAAGGUGAAUUAUAAUCAAAAUAUGUGAGUAGCUGUCACAUGCUAAGUUAAGAAAAGGUCAGCAGUCGAUAAAGCAUAGGAAUUACAAUCUAUUCUUAAUAACUGGUUUAUUUACAAGCAUGAACCACACAUGGGAGGCCACUAUUCAUUUGUACAGGGCUUUUUUUGAUAGCGAUACAGAUGCUAUGUUAGGGUCCUGUCGUUUUUGUCUAUGAAUCUACAUCGAGAUAAAAAUAGUUGGCUGAAGCUAGAGCGAAGAAGAAGAAGUUAAUUUGCAAGAACUCUUUAAAUAACUUUGAGAUAUUGACUAUAGGACAGUUUAUAUUACAGAGUUCUAGUCCGUGACAGUUUAUUGCUUAGGCAUAUUUUUAAAUAUGUCAAAAGUUGUAGGUGACUUGAGAUAUUCAUCAUUGAAUUUUAGAGCCGAUACUGAAAGUAUCUGUAUUCAACAUGCAGCAACCGUGGCUGCUCUGUUGUGUUGGAUAGAAACUGCCCCUGACUAGGUCAGAAGAAGUUCCAGUUAUAUUGUUUCAGUGAUGUCAGCCUUGAAAAUUGACUCCAAAUAUCUCAUUUUACAUGCAACUGUUGUAAUUGUAAAAAAUUGGUAUGCCGUAAAUCGUGACGUUUUGCAAUUCUUUUACAUACACUACUGCCCUCAGAUUGAUAAUAAAAAAAAGAACUUAUAGGUGUUUGUUAAUUAGUCACUUCACUGUUACUUUAUCUAAGGAAAGGUGUUUCUGCUUGAAUGUAGUGUUCGUGUUAAAAAGAGAGCAGCCUGGUUAUCAUAACAUCUUCUAAUGAAAAAUGGUUAUGGUUUGAAAAAAAUAAAUGCACUGUAAAUAUGUAUUGUAAAAAUAAAUGUGCACGCACGUGCAUAUACACACAUACA